AUGCCAGAAAGUCCUGGCAUCAUUCGACUUAGGAAUCAACGUCGUAUUGAACAAUCUGACCCAUACGCGGCACUGAGUCACUGCUGGGGAGACCCGGCUCAAAAACCACUCACCACCACAAUCGAAAACGAACGCUCACACGAGACCGGAAUAUCGGUAGAAGUUCUCCCACAAAGCUUUAAAGACGCUGUUGCGGUGGCGCGGUUUUUAAAUAUACGAUACUUGUGGAUUGACUCUUUAUGUAUUCUACAAGACAGUGAGUCUGAUUGGGCGACAGAAUCGAGGCAGAUGGCAGAUAUUUACAAAAAUGCAAAGGUCACCAUCGCUGCAGCGUGUGCGGAAAAUAGCCAUGCUGGCUUCCUGAGAACACGACCUUCUCAAGGCAAAUGCUAUAAGCUAGCUUUCACCAAACCAGACGGCGGCCGAGAAAUCUGGUUAGAAGCGACUACUGAUAAUGAAGAAAAUCCAGUGCCUGAAACAUCAGUGCUUGGAAGACAUCCCUAUGAGCCAUUGCAGAAACGCGCCUGGGUCCUACAAGAACAACUACUGAGUUCGAAAGUCAUCUACUUUGACUCUGAUCAGGUCUUGUGGGAAUGUAAUUCUGUGCAGUAUGCUGAAAGCAGGACUUUCCCUUAUAACGGGCAGUUCAACAGAUACGAUCGGAGACUUUCUCGUAAUUUCCACCUGAACAACCCACAACAAAAAGGUGGUGACACAAACAACUCUACAUCCUCCAUUUAUCUAGAUUGGUACGCGUUACUCAGAGAAUUCCGCCGUCGGGAGCUGACUUACGAGUCAGACUCGCUUCCAGCCAUGUCCGGAUUGGCUAGAGAGUUUGCUUCAAUAACUAAAGAUGAAUAUCUGGGUGGUCUUUGGAAAAGUGACUUAUUCAGAGGUCUCGGCUGGGGAUAUGCCAAGAAAUCGACAAUAGUGACUCGGGGAGUUAGGUCAAGAUCUGCUUCUUCACCUUUGUCACAAGACCUGGCCUUGUCGUUGUCACCGGCUUCUUGGACGUGGGCUUCUAUACCUUCGGGUAGUCAGGAGUUCCUAGGAGGGCCGUUCUUUUUCUCCAUCAGCGAGACGUGGGAGAACGCCGAUACCUUCUUACCAAAUUCAAUAUCGCAAAGACUCAUCUCGUCGGAGACAGUACCUCGCUAUUUGGAUACAAUGGGCCAACUCAAUUCAGCUCGGCUAGUCCUCGAGGGGGCGUGUCGAUCAGUGAAUGUACGGCUUCAUGAUAACGCAAGGCUUGAGAAUCAUCCAUACGGGACUAUUCCGAAAUCCGUGGUCUUUGAAAUUGAUGGAAUGAAAAAACACUAUAAUCAAUACAUAUAUGCUUCGAUCGACCGCUUGUUCCAACUCAGAAAGGAGAUUAAGUUAGCAAGUGACCAAGGGCGGAUAUUCUCCUUGACUUGCUUCCUCCUAGGAAGGACUGAUUUUAUGCAUAUGCACGGCCUGUUGCUCUAUGAAAGAGUUCUAGAGAAUGCUCCAGUGUAUUAUCGAUGUGGAAUGCUACAUAUUACGAUACGUGACAAAUCAUUCUACCAAGGUUGGAGUCAGAAAACACUCACUCUUCUAUAA